GUACUGUACAAGUGGGAUUUAACAGCGAUAGAUACAGGUACACAAUUACCUACCUGCCGUAGCGGGUAGGCGUCGUAGCCCUAAUGCCAGCCUAAUGGCAAUGGCCUCCGAGUCCUUGUCUUCCAUUCUUUAGUGGUUACCUGCUCUGGAGUUGACAGAAGGAGCGGCCAUCGAAGUGUUGGGGAACCUGGGUGACGUAAUUGACAAUUCCCUCUGCCUCUAACCACGGACCAGCAACCAAGCAACGGCUCUCCAAUUCUGCAAUUCGUCUCACAGGAUGCCGCUCCAGAACACCUAGUUGAGCCCAUGCCUCACCCAGUGCUCAGCCAGACCUAGAGAUCACCGACGAAGCGGAUAUUUUUCAUGAACGCGGAGCCCCAUCCAGUUCUGGAGGAUAAUCCCAGAAGAACAUGUUGAUUGACCCUCCAACACAGCACGGACACUGCAUCCGGCGCAGCAUCGCAUCGGAUCUUUUUUGCAUCUAUGUAGCAGGCGUGCAUCCGUAUGUCGCACAACAGGCAAGAGGCAUGCGGCAGAUCCGGAGGCAAGCUCACCCACACCGGCUGAGCUCGGCCAUGUCGAUCCGGUAUUAUGCGGUAGCCCGUGAUGACGAGUCCGGGGCGGUAGCACGGUCGGUGGUGACGCUUCCUCAGCACGGCUCUCUCGAGGACGCAGUCUCUCCAGGACUUGGAGCCUCAAGGCUCGGGUUGUAUUCCUCUUUUGUUGGCAAUGAUCAAUUGACAGGAGCUAAAUCCCGGGAAACACUGCCAGAUUCGUCGCCCAAGACAGACCGUCAUAUCUCGACUGCGAGCUAUCCGCUAGCUCGUGACAGCCCACGCCCCCGCUGCCCAGAUGGGUUUCCCGACUCCCGAGCCACAGCUCACCCGCGGUUCGCAAGCAUUGUCCGGAAGCAGAUUGCUGCUGUCGCACACCGUUGUCUGCGCAACGCAGACAUUGCGCGCUACUCCGGUCCCGAUGCGGUCCGUGAGAUUGAAACAAGCCUGAGACGAGCAUCCUGAGCGCCGUUGUCGCAAAACCCCCGGCGCGGUAACCGUGCGCACCCCCUG